AGUCGCUAGUCACGGAGGUGUUUUACAGGUUUGCGGGUGGGCGAAGAUUUAGCAUUUACAAGGAUUUGGACUGCAUUUCAGGGAGGGUAAAGGCUGUCAUUCAUCAUGGCCACCCUCGAUAGAUUAUUUUAGCUUGCGAGCCAAUGCUAGUUCGUGAAUUAACCUGCAAGAGGGGCUUUUCUGAGUUGUUUUGCUCGCGAGGUGGCUAACAUUAGCUAGCUGAAAAACAUCCGGCUUUACCACUCAAUAAGAUGAUUAGGUAGCUAGCCACCCUUUCCUACACGAGACUGUUUUUACGUCACAUGCGCAAACUGUCAUUUAACGUUAGACAAAGAAACAAAACGGUCAGUGAGUGUACCUGCGCUAAAUAGCUAGCUAUCUUAUCUUCUAGCCAGCUAACGUUAGAGCAGUAGCUACGUUAGAUAUUCAUCUAGCUACAUCUUGGUUUGCCAUCUAGCUCGAACUAUUUUUCCAAAGCAAUGGCUGCAGACCUGCAAGCAAAAUACACCAAAUUGGCCCAGGAGUAUUCAAAGGUCUACUUAUUUAUGACAGGCAGGAAGUGAAGCCAGAGCAGAAGCCAGUGGUUCUCAAUCUUUUUCGGUUACGGUACCACCAACUGCCCUGAAGUAUGAAAAUGUAUGCAUUCACUAACUCUCCGGGCCCAGAACCAAGUAUUGAAGAAGGGCGUGGUAGAUGAGCAGGCCAGCUCCACCUCUCUGAAGGAUCAGGUGAAGCAGCGAGAGCAGAGCCUGAGGAAGGUGGAGCAGGAGAUGGAUAGUCUCACCUUCAGGAACCAGCAGCUGGCUAAGAGGGUAGAGCUGCUGCAGGAGGAACUGGCUGCCAUCGAAGCCAAGGGCAAGAAGAGCAAGAACAAAGGGGAUUCCCCCUCCCAGCAGGGCUUGCAGCAGACCCAGAGUGUGUUUGAUGAGGACCUGCAGAAGAAGAUCCAGGAGAACGAGAGGCUUCACAUCCAGUUCUAUGAGGCUGAUGAGCAGUACAGGCAGCAGGAGGCUCAGCUGAAGGUCCGGUUGGAGGAGCUGGAGAGAGACCAUGAACAACACCAGGCCGUAGUGGAUGGACUCACCUCCAAAUACAUGGACACUAUUGAGAGACUGCAGAGUGACAAGGCCACACUAGAGGUGAAAUCCCAGACUCUAGAGAGGGAGACUAAAGAGUGCAGAGUUCGGACAGAGGAAUGUCAGCAGCAGUUGAGGAAGUGUCAGUCAGAGCUCAACAGACAGGUGAAACAGAGCAGCAGUGUCAUCCAGGAGAAAGUGCCCUUCAACGACACCAAGUUCAGUGACUACAACAGCCUCAAUGUUCCGCCACACAACAGAAGACACCAGUUGAAGGCCCGAGACGUGGCUGGUCAGGCCCUAGGCUUCGUCCAGGACCUAGUGGGGGCUCUGUUAAACUUCCACUCCUACACAGAGCAGAGGGUGCACAUCUACCCCCUGGAUUCCUCUAUCGAACCCAUCUCACCACUCAACCAGAAGUUCUCCCAGUAUCUGCAUGAGAAUGCAGCCUAUGUGCGCCCCCUGGAGGAAGGACUAGUGCAACUACACCAGAGCAUCACAGAGGACACAGUAACAGUACUGGAGACUGUGUGGAAACUCAAGGACUUUGCUGAUCACUUCACAUCCUACACCCACUUUCUGCAGAAGAUUCUACCAUACCAGCUCAAAAGUCUAGAGGAAGAGUGCAGGGCUCCUUUGUGUACCUCGUCUCUCACCUCUAAGAACCAGGAGCUACAGAGUGACAUGAAGAGAAUCACGUCAGUGUUCGACAAACUACACAGCUACAUCAUCCUACUGGCCUUACCUAGUGUUCGACAGGACGCCAUGCCCCAGAGCAGUUCCUCUGCUGUCUUCACCCAGCUGGCUGCCUGUCUACACAGCCUUCACGACGCCGUCAAAGAGAUGUCUAAGCACUACAGCCGGAAGGCCAGUCUGGAACAGCAGUUGUCUACAGUCACUCAGAAGCUCCGCACCACUAACGAGUGUCUGCUGGCUUCCCUGGGCGUGCUCACCAACAGCACCGGCAAGAUUGCGACGUUCUUCAGCAACAACCUGGAUUUCUUUACGUCUUCGACAGGCUACGGUCCGAGAGGGGGUGCGGGGGCCCUCAACCCCCUGCAGGCAGAGAGCAUGCUGGGUAACAAGAAGAAGGCCUCUGACUACAUGCACACCAUCAGAAAGCCCAGACCUGAGUCGGUUCCAUACAGAGAGGCCCUGUUGAACCGCCGUGUUCUAACCAGCUCUACAGAGAGCAGACAGGGACUCACACAACAGGUGGUGGCGAGCCAGGAGAAGAUCGCUCGUCUGGAGCAGGAGAAGGAGCACUGGCUGCUGGAGGCCCAGCUGGGCAGGGUGAGGCUGGAGAAGGAGAGCCAACGAAUCCAGGACCUGGAGACACAGCUCUCCUCUGCCCUGGGAGGAGGAGGAGGCAGCCCGGCCUCAGCCCUCUCCCUGGGUCCGGGCAGCCCAGCCCUUACCAGCCUGGAUGACGGAGAGCUGGAGGAGAGAGGAGUAGGGAAGGAGGCUAUUCUAAGCACCGGUCUGGUUGGCAUGUUGACCACAACUCCUACCAACGAGGAAGUGGGAGACGAGGAGUCCAGAGAACAACUGAUAAAGACCCACUACAUGGCCAGAGUAGGAGAACUCAGCACACAUCUACAGGCCUCAGACAGCAAGGCUGUUAACUUCCACGCUGAGUGUCGAGCCCUGGCCAAGCGUCUGGCUAUUGCAGAGAAGUCACGGGAGACCCUGACAGAGGAGGUGAAAUUGGCCAAUCAGAACAUCACCAGUCUGCAGGAUGAGCUUGCUACGACCAAGAGGAGUUACAAGGAACAACUCAGUAUGAUGAGCGACCACCUGUGCAGCAUGAACGAGACCCUCAGCAAACAGAGAGAGGAGAUUGACAUACUCAAACUGGGCAGCAAGGGAAACUCCAAACUCCUAAAGAAGGGUCGGUAGGAAAGUGUCCUUUGGGAAGAUGGCACCAUUUUGGAUCAGCAGAGCACCCUGGACUGAGGGAAGAGCUGGACUAUGGAACCACCCACCCACUACAGCCCUGCCAGCUCCACACCACCAUACCACCCCAGGAUGGAGGACCCUGUUAGACUUCUCCAUCAGAGGGAGGCUAUUGGGGGGGUGUCUCUCUGAUACCACUCUGCUUAAAGGAAUUGUGUUUCUGAUUGACACAGAUAAUGACUUUGUGUAAAGUGCUUCCCAGCGUGUGAUGGAAGCAGUUGCUUGACCCUUUGAACUUUGGUUUGUGGGAGGAAGUGGAAAAAUAUAAAGGAAAGAUGUAUAUAUUUUUCCUCCCACCCACCAACUAGUGAGGUCAUGGAUGCUGACUAGUCAUAGAAUGAAGACCACCAGGCUCUGAUGGUUAGUGUCUGUCUUCUCUCUGUGUGCUAAUCGUGGGAAUGACAGAGAUAAAUAUUAAUUAAUCAAAUUGCUCUUAAGUGGGAGGAGGAGAUCAUAUUAGCAAGUGGGGAAAAAAGUGUUAAAUUGUGUGUGCCUGCUGGCUGUCUGGGUUGUUUUCCUUGUCUGUCUUAUAGUGGGACUGUUGACUGUCGUGCCAGGCUUUGAGAGGGACUGCUAAUUAUUAUAUCUUCAUUUUAUAUUUGGACUGUUUUUAGAUUCAAUGAAAUAAUAUUUGUGCAAAUGUUGUGACUUGUGAGGGACUAUGUUCAUUAUAUUUACCACAUUCUGUUUGAAGAAGGGCUGCCCCAGAUGAAAUGAAGGAAUGAGUGACACAUGAAUUAGACACAGUAGCCUUGGACGCCUAGGCUUCGCUCUUUAGUGGAGGCCUAAGACAGAGGCUAUACACACACUUGCAUACAUUCCCUUAAAGCUGGAAUCCUUAAUGGUGAAUCAGCCACAUCCGUUUGCGAUAUUACAACAAAAAAGAAGGUAUGAAAAACAACAACCCCCCCCCCCCCCCUCAGAAAUCAUUGCACGCACAAUAGUACAGCAGAAUAUGUACUGCACUUUUUUUACGACACUCCUCACCUCCACUUCGUUAACAAAAUAUGAACUGCCGUGGGGCGGACAGUAGCGGUGUUUCCCCUACUGCGAAUUCCAUCUUUAUCUAGACAUCCCAUCUGUCCUCUAGAACGGAUGGAGGGUUCUGACAGAAUGACAUGGAAUAGAUCUGACCUGAUUCCCCCAAUCAAUUCUAACAUGACAUAUCUGUUCGACACGGUACAUUUAUAUUUAAACUAAAUGAUCUGUAACGUUGCACAAGGUAGAGUUCAGAGUUCAUAAAAUGGUGUCUGUCUGUCUGUGAUGUUUCUCUAGUAGUUGUAUCACCAAAGUCUGUAUGGAUGUGCACUGAGGAGAACUAUGGUUGUCUCAAAUGGCACCCUAUUCCCUAUAUAGUGCACUACUUUUGACCAGGGCCCACUUUUGAACAUAGCCCUAUGGGCCCUGGUCAAACGUAGUGCACUAUGUAGGGAAUUAUGUGGUGCCAUUUGGGACACAGCAUGUGUAGCACCACGGUCUUCAAACCCAUGUAUCAUGUAUGGAUAAAAGGGUUCAUGUGAAUAUAAUACGUUAUUGUACUGUGUACUUUUCAACAGAAAUAUACAAAACAACAAAGGCAUUCAUUCUAAGGUUUCACAUAACUAUUUCCCAUGAUGACCCAAUGAAAUGACUACAUCAAGCUAAUCAAUCACUCACCUGCAUUUAGUAUUUGAUUAUUGGGUCCCAGAGAUAACUGAAAAUAUUUGCCUAUUGGAAGGCAAUACACACGCAGAAAGGUCUGCUCUUUUGGAACUCCAGUAAGACUAUGACGGUUUGUGUCCCCAUUCCAAUUGUGUUAUCGGCGUGCUAGCAGAGCUACGGUAGUCUACCCCUUGACCCCUUGUCUGGCAGUGUAGUGACUUCUCUAACAAACAGUUCACAAUUAACAGCAGGGUUGUGUUCAUUAGGGCACACUGUAGCUAAACUUUUAGCAAUGGAAAAUGAAAGUCCAGUUAGUACGUUGCUGUUUCACCCAGUUUUGGAACAUUGUCUUCCAUUUUGUACCUCCUGAAAACAACCCUGGACUCUUAAUGCUUGUGUGUUCUAGUGACAUUUAUAGUGUGGCCAUUUAAAAGGAUAAAUCUUAUCCUGUGCAUCGUUUUUACCAGUUUAGACUGAUUUUAAUCAGUUUGGACUAGUGUCUGACCGGUACUAACCACUUCAUUUCAGCCACCAAGUGGACCUUUUAUAUGAUGAGAAUUCCAGGUGUUUGUCAACAUGCCCUAUACUACGGAAACCUGUGUCUUCACAAUGUAAUCUGACAGUCCAACAGAAUGUCCAUAUGAAUGCAUAUGUGAAAGAAAUGAGCUAGCUCAAUGUUCUUUGUUUUGUGUUAAUACUACUAGUAAUGGCGCACCACAAAUUCAAACUUCAGACUUCUUCAGUAUAUAGUUUUGACAGGCUACUGAUUUAUGAAGGUAACUUCCAAUGUUAUAGGGCAAAAUGUUCCCAAUCCCAAAGAAUUCUACUAAUGCUAGCAGCCAGAAUCAAACACUCUUUCACUCACACACAAGCACCCAUUUACUCAAUGAUAAAGUUCCAGAAUGAUCCAGGCUUCUGUUGCCAACUGUACAGGUUCUUCUUCAGCAGAGAUAAACUGUAACCCCGAUCACGUUCAGUGUAGUCAGUCUGCCCUUGGCCUGCUCUGCUGUGACUGUUCUCAUCCAAAUACUCCUGCUCUCUGUCCUCUUUCUCUGUGACUGAAUGUUGUCAUCCAAGCACACUCCCCUUUCUCACUCUC